AUGCCCGGAGUGGUGCCUAUGCGAAGGCCGCGCGACGAUGCCGACGACGACAGUGAUAUCGAUGCCUCGUCGCCCUCUUCGGACAAACGCCCACGCUUGAACGGCCAUGCUUCACAGCCUCCUCUACUGCCAUCGAGCUACGAGAAUGAUCAGACCGAUGCAGAACCCCUCACACAUUCACCCGGCUCCAUCGUCAGGGUUGCCAUGAAGGACUUUGUCACAUACACCUCGGCCGAAUUUCUUCCUGGACCCAGCUUGAACAUGAUCAUUGGCCCCAACGGCACUGGAAAAAGUACUUUGGUCUGCGCCAUCUGUCUAGGUCUGGGUGCCAAACCAGACGUUCUUGGUCGAGCCAAGGAUCCCUCGGAAUUCGUCAAACAUGGCCAGAAAGAGGCCGAGAUUGAGAUUGAACUCGAGCGCGACCCUGCUCGACAUCGCACCAACCCCGUCAUCAAGCGCAUUAUCAAACGAGACGCCGGCAACAAGACCUUUUUCAUGAUCGAUGGCAGAAAUAGCACCCAGAAGGCUGUUGCCGAACUCUGUCGAUCCUUCUCCAUUCAAGUCGACAAUCUGUGUCAAUUCCUGCCUCAAGACCGCGUUGUUGAAUUUGCUGCACUGGAUCCCAUUGAGCUUCUUGUCCAGACUCAAAGAGCUGCCGCCCCCGAUUACAUGAGCGAAUGGCAUGAUCAACUCAAAACCAUGCGUAGCGAUCAGCGCAAGCAUCAGGCCGACCAGAUUGAACGCACCGAGAACCUGAAGAACCUCGAAGGCCGACAGAAUAUGCAGCGUGGUGAUGUCGAGCGUCUGCGUGAGCGUGCUGAACAGCAAGAAAAGCUUGCAGCUCUGGAGCGUCUGCGACCUUUUCCUGUAUACAACGUCGCAAGGGACAACUACCUCGCGUCCAAGGAACGCACCAAAGAAGCCAACAACGAGCUUGCCGCCCUUCAACGCGAGUGUGAGCCCGCGCUGGCUGCUGUCAAUGCAAAGGACGAAUACGUCAAAGCUGUUGAUGCCGUUGUCAAGCGCCGCCAACGCCUCGUCACGCGUGCGCAAGAAGACAUCAGACAGAAAAUCAAGAAGCAAAACACGGCUUCAGAGCAGCACAAGGCUUGUGAUAUCGAGCUCGAGACCGAGAAGAAGGGUGCCAAGGCACACAAGCAAGAACGCCUUCGCAUUGACGCCCAGAUUAAGAGCUUAGAACGUCAACUCGAGAAUGAGCCGCCUACGAUCGAUAUUGCCGCGCUCAACGAGAAGACCAGAGAGCUUUCGCGCCAGCAACGAGAGAAAGACGAUGCUGCAGGCGAAGAGAACGCUAAACAAGACGACAGAGUUGCUCAAGGCAGAUCACUUCAGCAACGUAUCACCGCAGCGGAAGCAAGUCUGAACCAGCUGCGGUCCAAGGCUGGACAACAAGUCAACAAACUCAACAGCGCCUCUCCCGAUACUGCCAAGGCCUGGGACUGGAUUCAAAAAAACAGACAGGUAUUCACCGGCGAAGUCUUUGGUCCAGCAAUUCUCGAAUGCUCUGUCAAGGACACGAGGUAUGCCAAUCUGAUCGAGUCAGUACUAGGCCAGGCAGACAUGGUCUGUAUCACAGUGACCCACAAAGAAGAUUUCAAUCUACUUCAGCGCGAGCUCUUGGGCACACAGAGGCUGUCUGAUAUUAAUUUGAGGGUGAUGGACGCGCCUCUUAGCCAAUGGAGAAAGCCCUAUUCGGAAGGCGACCUACGUCAGCUUGGCCUCAAUACCUACGUCCUGGACCUUCUCGACGGACCUGACGAAGUUCUCAGCAUGCUUUGUGACAACAGAAAUAUUCACAUGUAUGGUGUUGCGUUCCAAGAGUUGAGCUCGCAACAAUUCGAUGGAAUGAUGUCAAGCAAUAUCACAAGCUGGGCAACACCUACAGAGACGUACCAAGUAUCAAGGAGAAGAGAAUACGGUGACGCCGGUAUAUCAACUCGCACGGCGCGUAUCAAGACGGCCCGCUUCUUCACUUCCCAGCCUGUGGAUACGCAUGCAGAGCAAGAGUACAAGAAUACAAUCGCUGGACUCAAGGACGAAUUGCAGGAGACUCAACGUCAAGCUGAAGCUCACAGGGCUACGAGUGCACGCUAUGGGCAAGAACACAGACAACUCGCCACACAGAAGAAAGAACUCGAAGCCGAGAAGAAGCAAGCUCAAGACGCGCGAUCCGAGUGGCAGAAGUUGCCCGUCAAGAUUGCAGGCCAUGUCACUAAACGCGAUGCUCUGGACGAGCGUCACGCAAGUUACCGAGCCCGAGUUCAACAGAUUAAGGACAAGCAAGACAAGCUUGCUUUGGAUCGAGCUCAGGAUGCUUUAACGCUCGUCUCGUCGGUGCAGAGUUUGCAGAAGCUAGAGACGGACCACCUUCAGGCGACUCUUGCGCUGAUCGAAGGCGAGUCGGACUUCCAGAUACUCAAGGCGCACAGCGAGGAAGUGCGACAGAACCUCGCUCAGAGAGAACAAGAUGUCCGGGUAUUGAUCACCGAGAGGGACAAUUUGAAGAAAAUCGCAACAGCUGGACUCAGAGCAUGCAACGAAUUGCUCCAAGACCUUUCAGAAAGAGAAUCAGAAAUUUACUCUGAAUUCAACGCGAUGAACCUGGAUGAAUACGAGGCUGAAAUCGACAGUACCAAGGCGCGACUUGAAAUGGUGCACGGAGGUAACCCUCAGAUCCUUCUCGAAUACGAAAAGCGAGCAGGCGAUAUUGAGAAGGCUAAGCGGAAACUGGAAAACAUCGAGCGCGAGCUCGCCGAGUUGCAACAGAACAUCGACGAGAUUCGCCAGAAAUGGGAGCCCGAGCUAGACCAACUCAUUGGUCAGAUCAGCGAUGCUUUCAGUGAGAACUUUGCGAAGAUCAAUUGCGCCGGUCAAGUCGAAGUUUACAAAGAGGAAGAUGAUUUCAACAAAUGGGCAAUCCAGAUUCAAGUGAAGUUCAGAGAAAACGAACAGCUGUCUGUGCUCGACUCCCAUCGUCAAUCUGGUGGUGAACGCGCUGUUUCGACCAUCUUCUACCUCAUGGCCCUGCAAAGUCUAGCCCGAGCACCAUUCCGUGUCGUCGACGAAAUCAACCAAGGAAUGGACCCUCGCAACGAACGAAUGGUACACUCACGCAUGGUUGAUAUUGCUUGUGCAACACACACUUCGCAAUACUUCCUUAUCACGCCAAAGUUGCUGCCGAACUUGACAUACCAUCCAAACAUGAAGGUCCACUGUAUUGCAAGUGGAGAAUUUAUGCCGGCAGAUCAAGGCAAGCUCGACUUCGGCGCUCUGGCUCAAAAGGCGUUAGCCGUGUAUGGUGGACUUUAG